CGAAGCGCCGCAUCUCGAUUCCCCACAUCCACAUAGUGAUGACCAAAUACACUCAUCCUGCUUAGCCUGCCCAUUGGGAAAGAUAAGUAUUCUGCCUUGAUCCAUAUACUCAUUGCCUUGGGAUGUUAGGGUGUUCUUAAGAUCUCAGGUAUCCCUGACGCAACUCUCCAAGCGUCAUGAACAGCUGGUGCGGAGGACUAUCUGCAACUUGAAGGCGAUCGCGUUGUUGAAGGCGCCAAAAUGUCCUACAUUGUCCCAAUCCACCGGCCGAGCGGUGUGAGGCAUGCGAUCAAGCUCAGUUUUCUAGAACCGGGCGUGGACACUCUGGUCAUCGCGAAGGCCAAUCGCCUAGAAAUCUACGAGCAGGGAGCCGAAGGCCUCACUCUCCUGUACGCAAAGACAGUGUUCGGAUACAUCACGAUCCUCGAGAAAUUCAGACCAUCCUCUUCUACAACGGACCACCUCUUUGUCGGUACCGACCGCUAUCAAUACUUCACGUGUUCAUGGGAUUCCGAUAUAAAGCAGUUACACACCGAGCAGAGCUAUGUCGACCUGGCAGAUAAAGUUCUACGAGACUCAAGAGAAUUGGAUAGAUGCCAUAUUGACCCGACAGGACGAUUCAUGACCCUGGAACUCUACGAUGGUGUGGUCACCGUAUUACCUUUUGUACAGCCUUCUACUAAACGAGUGAAGAGGGAGAGUGCUUCGAACACUGUUGGAAAACUAGGGGAACCAGUUCAAGUGAGGAUCGAAGAGCUGUUGACUAGAUCGUCUGCCUUUCUGGAAGCCGAUCCUGACAGCAAAGAAAACCCAAAGUUGGCUAUACUAUGGGAGGACAACCAGGAGAAUCCACAGCUGAAGAUUCGAGAACUCAAAUACUAUCCUGGCGGCGAACAGGCGACGGCUGAUCUGGAUACGUUGGCUGAAUUGAAUAGCGACCAGCUCGACAAAGGGGUCAGUCAUUUGAUUCCCGUUGCCGCCCCGUAUGGAGGUUUUCUCAUCCUCGGAGAUCAUGCAAUCCGUUUCGUUGAUCGUCAUAUGAACAAUGUCAUUACACAGCCAUUGGACGAUAACGCCACGAUAUGGACAUGCUGGACGAAGAUCGACGAGCAGAGAUUCCUGCUAGCAGACGACUUUGGACGAUUAUUCUUCCUCAUGAUCGAAGUGAGCGACUUUGAAGUCUCAUCUUGGCGGCUGGAUCCUGUCGGCGAGGCUUCCAAGGCUGCGUGCCUCGUCUAUCUGGAUGAGGGAUAUGUCUUUGUCGGUUCACAUUCAGGUGACUCACAGGUUGUGCAUAUCGAAGAGGGUGGAGUCCGAGUUGUGCAAACCUUUUCCAAUAUUGCACCCAUUCUAGACUUUACAAUUAUGGAUCUCGGCCGGGGCUCCGAAGGCUCUCAGUCACUUGAAUUCUCUUCUGGUCAAGCACGAAUCGUGGCCGCAUCUGGUGCAUGGCAGGAUGGCACAAUACGUAGCGUUCGGAGUGGUGUUGGUAUGGAGGAGCUCGGCACCAUUGGUGAGCUGGCUCAUGUCACAGAUCUUUGGGGCUUGAAUUCAACCGGUCUGAGCGAGGCACACGAUACUCUUCUUGUUUCUUUCGUCACAGAAACGCGGAUUUUCAGAUUCGAUGGCGAAGCAUCAGUGGAGGAAGUGGACGAACUUCACCAUCUCGACUUCACACAACCUACACUUUUUGCGACAAAUCUACCCGACCGCAAACUCGCGCAGGUCUGUGAAGGCGGACUACGGAUUACAGAUCUGGAGUCUAGUAUGCUUACGCUUGAGUGGCAACCCCUCGAUGCGGCGGCCAAGAUCACGGCUGCAUGUGCAAAUUCAGUCCACUUGCUUGUGGUUGAGGGUGGUCAUACACUGCACGUCUUCCACACGGCAAACAGCGACUCAAAACCGACAGUAUCAAAGACGCUUCCUCAUGAUUCACAGAUAUCUAGCGUCACAGUACCUGAUUCACAGAGCAACGUAUGUAUUGUGUCCUUUUGGCAGACGGCGACCGUGGCAGUACUUGAUCUCCAUUCCCUCGAAGUUCUAUACACUCAAAGCGUCGGCACGCCUGGAAGAGAUAUCCCACGUUCGGUACUUGUUGCAAACGUUCUUCCCGAUGCUGCCCCGACUUUAUUCGUCGCGAUGGCGGACGGCACUGUCCUGACAUAUUCUUUCGACACCGGCAGGAAUUCCCUUGCCGGUAUGACGAGGAUACUUCUGGGAACCGAACCUGUGUUUUUCAAAAAACUCCCGAAAGAUCCCGAAUCAGGAUCAGGGUUAUCAAAUGUCUUCGCCUCGUGCGAACAGCCAUCACUCAUCUACAGUUCCGAGGGCCGCAUAGUGUACUCGGCAGUCAACGCAGAGAGUGCGUCGAGGGUAUGCGAUUUCAACAGUGAGGCAUACCCUGGGGCCAUUGCGAUUGCAACGCCGAACGAGCUCAAGCUGGCCAUGAUAGGACGAGAACGUACGACGCAAUUGCAGACACUACAUAUUGGCGAGACGGUCCGCUGUCUCACGUACGGUGCUAAUGCCAAGCUGUUUGCGAUGGGAUGUGUACGCAGAAUUAUGGAGAGCGGCACGGAAGCGCUACUCUCGGCAGUCAAGAUCGCGGAUGAAGUAAGUUUCCGCGAGUUGGACUCGGUCGAGUUGCAGGAUCGAGAAUUGGUCGAGUGCAUUGUCUCGACUGGCAGCUUUGACACCGAAGACACGGGCCUUGGUGAGAUGUUCGUCGUCGGCACGAGUAUACUCGAAGAAGAUGGCCUCGGUGGUGAGGACGUCAUGAGAGGACGGAUAAUCGUGUACGAGGUCAACAAGGAAAAGAAGUUGAAAUUGGUCACGCAGAUCAACUUGAAGGGAGCUUGCCGCAGUCUAGCCAUGUGCGAUGGUAAGAUUGUGGCAGGUCUGGUCAAGACUGUUGUCCUUUACGGCCUCGUACCUUCGUCGAGUAGAGGCGGCAGUUCGCUGGAGUUGUCAAAGUUGGCGACAUAUCGCACGUCGACGAACCCGUUGUCACUGGCCGUCACUCCAGCCACGAAUGAUGCACCCGCUCAGAUUGCGGUGGCAGAUCUGAUGAAGUCGCUUUCGAUCUUGCAAGUUAUUCCUCCGAACCCUGACAAUUUCGAGUACAGUCUUCGCGAGACGGGGAGACACUUUGCGACUUUGUGGUCGUCGGCGACGGCGGUGAUUGCGGAAAAUGAAUGGCUCGUGGCGGACAUGGAAGGUAACCUCAUAACGCUCCGUCAAGGGUCGUCGUCACAACAGCAACAACAGGACACAGAGGGAGGAGGGGCAGACUCCUCCUCCUCCUCAUCAUCAUCACGCCGACGGCUCGAGGUGACUGGCGAGUUCCGAUUGGGCGAGGUGGUCAACAAGAUUGUGCCAAUCUCGUCGACUCCCGCACAUGUACAGAAGGAGUCUGCGAAAGGCAAGGCGAAUGGUGAUGAUAAUAGCGACCCCGCAACGUCAUCAUCGGCAAGAACCAAAAGCGGUCUGGACAAGUUACCAAGGACAGGCCCCAUCGUCACCCCUCGAGCCUUUUUGGCGACGGUCGAAGGGGCAAUCUACAUGCUCGCCACCGUCAACCCGGCCUUCGUGAAUGUCAUGCUGCUGUUGCAGUCGGCGUUGGCCGGCCGGGUCCAGGCCCCCGGGUACAUGCCCUGGACAAAGUUUCGGGCGUGGAAGACCGAGGUCGCGGAGAAGGACGAGCCCUUCCGCGUGGUGGACGGGGAAAUGGUCGAGCAAGGUCUGUCGGCCCUCACGGACGAUGAGCUCGAGGUGGUCUUGAGGGAAGGUGGACUCUCGGACGAAAACGUCCACGUGACCGUCGAGGAAGCAAGAGCUUGGAGCGACGAGUUGAGGAGGUUGUACUGAGGUAAUACUGUCUUUAUGUCUCAAACUUUGAAUACCCACCUGCAUAUAGGUGGGUAUGGAAUACUUACUGAUACAGGUAGAAUGACAUGAAGAUGAAAUGGCUCUUAUCCUAUCUAGGUAGUAAGAAUCGAGUAGAAAACAAGGAGCCAAAAAAAGUCAGCCGGCCGACUUUGUCCCGUAUCACUGCUGAAGAUCUAACUUGGCAUACUACGGGGGGUCUAUGAUAGUACUG